AUGAUGAACUUUUUCAAUAGAUUAAUAAAUCGUUUUACAUAGAAAUAAGAAUAGAAUAUUAAUAACAAAAAUCAUGAAGAUCAGUUAUUGAAUUAUGUCUAAAUAUAAUAAAUUUAUGGUAAAUAAUCUUAAGAAUGGCGUAAUUCAGCUUUUAAUCAAACAUCUACAUUAUUAUUGCUGGCAUCUAAAACAAUUAUUAAGAUUUUUUAAUUUAAAAAUGGUCGUUUAAAAGAAAUUAAGACAUUAUACUAUCAUAACAUUAAUGCAAUAUAUUGUAUGAAGAACUCAAAUUAAUUUAUGUUUAUGAGAAAUUAAGCUAGAUGUAUAUUUUAUUUAAUAGCUUUGAAUAAUAGCAAGUUUUAAAUAGAACAAAAAUGUAAUAAAUCUAGAAGAAUCUAUACAUUUCUUAUGAAUAAUAAGGAAGAUUUUUUAGUUGAAUAUGGAGAUGAUAUUUUAAUUUAUCAAAAAUAAGACUCAUCUUGGAUCUUAGUUUGGUAUUUCGAUUGGUUUGAUUUAUAUAUUUCAACUUGUUCAUAAAUAUGUAUUUCAGAGUUUCAUAAUCAACUCAUUUGUAAAGCUUAAUUUUGGAAAGAUGGAGAUGGGCUUCUCUGCAUAUUUUAAAAAAAUAACGAUAAGAUGAAUUGGGAAAUAAUAUAAAAAAUUGAGAUUGAUUUUUUUCAUUCAUUUUGUUGUAUCAAUGAGUUAAGUCUUCUUCUAAUUGUAGAUCCUAGAAGAAAUUUACGAAUUUUUCAACUAAAAAUUCCUUCUAAUUAAUAUGUUAAUGUAAAUGAAAGUAUGUCCAUCAAGAAAUUAUCUUUUAGAGAAAAAGAUAUUUUAUUAGAAUUUAAAUAAUCUUAAUAUGCUAUUGGAAUAGAAGAAAACAAAUAAUUUAUUUCAAAAUUUUUUGAAAAUCCAAGAAGUUAUUUAGAAUAAAAACUUACUUUGAGUGCUCAUGGAAAAUAUUUAGUCGUACAUUCUCAUUUUGGAUAAUGUGAUAUAAAAUAGCUAUUAUAAAGUUGA